AUGCGAUUCACCACACUCAGCCUCGCCGCGCUGGCGCUGGCCGUCUCGGUGCCCGACGUCGAGGCCAUCCCCGCCGUCAGGCAGUACCGCGGCGUGUCGCGCUACGCCGGAAUGUACCAGCCCGAAGUCGAAGCGCCGCAGCUUCGCAACCCGCGCGAGGUCGAGGGGAUGCGCACCAUGCGGCUCAGCAGCAACUCGAUGGUCGCCGACACCUACCUCGACGAGCUGCACUACGUCGACGCGGACCAGAAGAGCACCGACGAGUCCAUCUUCUGGAACAACGUCAAGGGCCGCCUCGAGACGGCCAUCAGCAAGCUCGACCGCAUCACGUCGAUGCUCGGCGUCGGCAACUCGCCCACGCUCUCCAAGGCCUCGAGCCUGGUCCAGGGCGCUGCGCAGAACCUCGGCUUCAGCUUCAGCUUCAAGAAUCAGAACGGCGACCAGCACGGCGGCGCCCCGGACUUUUCGUUCGAGUUCCACAGCAACCGCAACGCCUCGGACCCACUGCGCUGGGGAGACGAGGCGAAGCUGGCCUCGUGCAUUCGCAGCGGCGCCGUUGACUGCGAGGCCCACGCCGCCGCCAAGAUGCCGAACCUGCCCCAGGACUCGGGCUUCGACUACAACAACGCCAAGGUGCGCGGCGUCAACAUCGGCAACUGGCUCCUCUUCGAGGGCUGGAUGUCGAGCGCGCUGAUGCGCUCGCUCAACAGCCACGCGAUCAACGCGCCCUUCCCCAACCCCAUCAUCGACGAGUGGACGGCGGGCCUGUACAGCGACUACAAUUGGGCCUCGUACGUGCUCACCAAGCACUUUGACGAGUGGAUGACCGAGGCCGACUGGAAGGCCAUCGCCGACGCCAACCUCAACCACGUCCGCAUCCCCGUGCCCUACUUUAUGUUUGCCGAGGCAAAGGGCCCCAACGUGCCCUUCCUCACGCUCAACCGCUUCGCCAAGCUCAAGGAGGGCGUCAAGCUGGCCAAGAAGUACGGCCUCAAGGUGUGGAUCGACCUGCACUCGGUGCCCGGCUCGCAGAACGGCUACGACAACUCGGGCAAGUCGGGUCCGGUCAACUGGGCCAACAACCCGCGCUACUACACCCAGACCCAGUACGCCUUUAACCGGCUCGUCACCGAGUUUACGCAGCCCGACUACGCCGGCACCGUGACGGCCAUCGAGGCGGUCAACGAGCCGCACGGCAAGCAGAACGGCAAGGUCCAGGAGCUGCUCAACCAGUACUACCCGUGGGCGCGCAACAAGGUGGCCAAGCCCGACGGCUUCAAGGACUACUCGAACAUGCUGCUGGCCGCCCACGACGCCUUCCAGGGCCUCCAGUACUGGCAGAACUUCUGGACGGGCCGCGCCCGCCACCGCGUCCUGCUCGACACGCACCCCUACUUUGUCUACAGCGACGAGCAGAAGCGCAAGAAGGACAUCGCCCGGCUGCAGGAGGUGUGCGACCUCGAGAGCAGCUUUGUCCAGAGCCAGAAGUACUACCCCUCGAUUGCGGGCGAAUUCGGUGUCAACGGCCCCAGUGGCGACCGCGCCUCGGACCGCGACCUGCCCGUCGGGCCCGUCAAGUUCCCGCGCGGGCCCGACUACCCGUACUCGGUCAAGUACAUGGCCUUUAUGGCGCGCAACUUCCGCACGCAGCAGUACGUCUACGAGAAGGGCGCCGGCUGGAUCAUGUGGAGCUGGAGGAACGACGAGGCCCUCGACUGGUCCUACCAGGUCGGCCUGCAGUACGGCUGGAUCCCAAAGGACCUCGACGCCAAGCCCUACGGCAACAACCCCUGCAACCUCGGCGCGCUGGCGCGACAGGCCCAGGCGUCCGACUUCGACGCCGAGUGGGACGAGUACGAGCGCAACCGCGACUACUACUGA